AUGGCGAGCUCGGAUUUCGAAGAGAUCGUCAAGAGGUGCUUGGAGGCUCGAAGCUCGAAGCCAGGGAAGCCCGUUCAGUUUGAGGAGCAGGAAAUCAAGGCUCUAUGCCUUCAGGUUCGGAGCAUUUUCCUCUCACAAAGCCCAUUCCUGGAGCUGGAGGCCCCAAUGAACAUCUGUGGAGACGUUCACGGGCAGUUUCAUGACCUGCUCCGAAUGUUCGAGUACGGAGGGUUUCCGCCCAAUAGCAACUACCUCUUUCUUGGCGACUAUGUGGAUCGAGGCAAGCAGAGCCUUGAGACCAUUGUGCUCCUCUUCGCAUACAAGGCAUUGUACCCAGAGAAUUUCUUCUUGCUCCGUGGCAACCAUGAGAGCGCGUCGAUCACGCGUAUCUAUGGAUUUUAUGACGAGUGCAAGCGGCGCUUCAACAUCAAGUUGUGGAAGAGCUUCUGCGAUGUGUUUAACUGCUUACCGGUUAGUGCACUCGUUGACGAGAAAGUUAUGUGCAUGCACGGGGGCCUUUCACCAGAGCUGCAGCACUUCGACCAGAUUCGGAAGAUUGUGCGUCCCACAGAUGUGCCGGACUCCGGCUUGAUAUGCGACCUGCUGUGGUCGGAUCCUGACAGGGACUACGUCGGCUGGGCUGAGAAUGAUCGGGGCGUCUCCUACGUGUUUGGGACCGAUGUUGUCGCAGCUUUCUUGAAGCGCUACAACCUUGAUCUUGUUUGCCGGGCCCACCAAGUCGUCGAAGAUGGGUAUGAGUUCUUUGGCAAGAGAAACCUCGUGACCCUGUUCAGCGCCCCAAACUACUGCGGUGAGUUCGACAAUGCAGGGGCCAUGAUGACGCUUGAUGAGACACUGAUGUGCAAGUUCAUCGUCCUAAAGCUGCCUGGCUCACUCUGA